GCAUCCGAGCCGGGGGGCAGCUGCCGUAGUCUUGAAGGAUGAUCUGAAACAGACCGCAUGAGCAGCAGGGGCUGUGGGCCCGGGAUCCAGUUUAAAUCCCAUUUGGAAUAUCUUAUAGGACCAAGAACUAAGCAAGAAUCUGUCGGUCGAUUGCAAAUGAACUAAAAUGGGGGCAAGUUCAGCUAAACCUAUUCAGCAGGGAAGUUUCUCAGCUGGGCCACAUGGUCAGUCCACAAGGACCCGUCCCACUGAAGGAUAUCGGAAUCAUGGCCCCAUUCCAACGGCAGUGGGUCAAUCAGCAGGAGACAGAUCCAGUGGACUUGCUCAGAGACCAGCUCCACGAGAGGACCCUUGGAGCCGGGUUGCAGCUCCCAUUGAACUGCCUGUGUUUCACCAAAAUGUAUCAAUGAACAAUCCUCCAUCCAUUCUCCGUGGCGCAGAUUCAGCCGCUGUCGUUUCUCAGCUCGUGACCAACUUGGAUGAUUUCAAAUUGUUCCACUUGAUGACCAUUUACCGAAACUGGCUGGAAAAGGCAAUGGAAAGAGGGGUGCAUGGAAUCAGCUUGGCGUUAACAUCCCAGGGGCAUUUCAGUCAACCGGAGCAUCGGAGAGUUGCUGAGCUUGCUGGCAAGGGAGACCGAAUGGACAGCUCCAAACUGCUCGUGAACCUGGUGAUGGAGAAAGGUUCCCGGGCUCGGAGAGUGAUGUGGGAAACCUUUGUGCAAAUACAGAACACGGACCCAAUGUUGAUCAAAAUACUAAAAGAAAUAGGGGAAACAGGUUUUAUGCAACUUCCCGGAUUAAAAAUGGCAGGAGGUUCACUCGAGAUUGGCUGGGCGCUGCGUGAUGCCCAACAGAAACACAGGGAAACUCUGCGAGUGCAGACGGAAAAGCUUAACGUCAGCAUUGUCCUGAGAAAUGGCAAUGUCAAGGUUUUGCAGCUGAUUGAUAAAUACGCUGAGCUCACGGUCAUUUCCACUGUUCGAGAUCGGAGACUGGUGGGACAUGAGAUGCUGGCAGCAAGCCAAGACCAUGACGACUGGAGAGAGAAAAGUCUCCCUGGAAUAUCAAAAAAAAUCCAGAUUGAUCAAUUGUUCCAGAGCAGCUUUUUCCAGAAUCAAGACAAAUCUGGGAUUUCAUCUGCCCUGGCCGGUGUUGCAGGCGUCGGCAAAACUACAAUGGUGCAAAAGAUUGUUUAUAACUGGGCUACAGGGAAAAUAUUCCAACAGUUCCAGUUUGUCUUCCGAUUGAACUUUCGGGAUUUAAACCUUAUUAAUUGUAGUUUAAGUUUGACGGAUAUGAUUCUGCAUCAGUAUCCCUACUUGAGUAAUAUUCUGGAAAAGCUGUGGGAAAAUCCAGAGUGGUUGCUGUUUAUAUUCGAUGGUUUGGAUGAAUUCAAGGACACAGCUGGUUUUGCUCGCAGUCAGGAAGACACAGAACCUCAACACAUGUGCACAGAUCCCAAUUUCUCUUGCGAGGUAUCUCAGAUUGUGUUCAGUUUAAUCCAACACAAGCUGCUCCCAGGGUGUUCAGUGCUCGUGACAUCCCGCCCCACUGCAAUACAUUUAUUGGAAAAGGCAGAGAUCAGUGUGUGGAUAGAAAUACUGGGAUUGGUUGAUGGUGAAAGAAGAGAAUAUUUCAACAGGCUUUUUGAAGAUCGGACGGUGGCAGCAGCUGUUUUCAAACAUGUGAAGGAGAACGAGAUCCUGUACACCAUGAGCUACAACCCCUCCUACUGCUGGAUCCUCGGCCUGACACUGGGCCCCUUCUUCACACAAGGACACGGGGAACAACAGCAAAUUCCCAAGACCAUCACCCAACUAUAUUCUCGCUACAUUUACAACAUUCUAAGAACACACAGUUGUGAGACUGAGAGCCCCCGUGACGUGUUACAUAGAGUUGGUCAGAUGGCCUUGACAGCAGUGUCCGAGAAGGUCAUAGUGUUCACAGAUGGAGAUUUGAUCAAAUACAAUCUGCAGCCUUCCCAGUUCUUGAUGAAACUCUUGCAGAGGGAGUGUUCUGGCUGGAGCGUGGUGUACACCUUCCCACACUUCAGCAUCCAAGAGUUCGUAGCGGCCAUCGCACAAUUCCUGACUCCAGAUUCCGGGGAUAUGAUGAAAUUCCUGAGUGAAAUGUACAGCACCACAGAUGGGAGAUUUGAGGUAUUUCUCCGUUUUGUCGCUGGUCUCUCUUCUCCAGGGUCCGCUGGGAACCUGGAGGAGUUUCUGGGUCCAUUUCCCCAAGAAACAACGUGCCGAGUGAUUACCUGGAUGAUGGAGGUUGUGAAGCGUCAGAUUGCAAACACAGGAAGUAAAGCUGGUAAAAGGAGUCUCUUGAACACAUUACACUACCUGUCUGAGUCUCAAAAUACUGCACUGGCUCAGGCCACACUGGGAUCAAUGGAGACACUUUCAUUUCGUGGAGUGCGACUGACACCGAUUGACUGCGAGGUCCUGUCGCAUAUCAUUGGUCUCUGUGAUACAAUCAAACACAUGGAUCUCCGCAGCUGUAAUAUUCAGUGUGAAGGCCUCCAGCGGCUACAUCGCGGGCUGCACCUUUGCCAGGAUUUGGGAUUGGGGAACAAUAAACUGGGAGACUCUGGAGUGAAGGUGGUGUCUGCGGCUCUGAUGAAGACUGACUGUAAAAUACAGAGACUGCGGCUCUAUAACAAUGGACUGAAGCCAUCUUGUGCCGAGAGUCUUGCCUUGGCUCUCAAUGCAAACCGCUCAAUGACUGAGCUCGACCUAGGUUUUAACGAGCUGGGCGAUUCAGGAUUGAAACUGGUGUUCGCGGCUUUAAGGAACCCAGACUGUAAACUACAGAAACUGCGGAUGGAUGGUGCCGGCCUCACUGAUUCUUGCACCGAAGAUCUUGCCUCGGCUCUCAGUGCAAACUGCGCCUUGACGGAACUAAAGCUAGGAUCAAACUCGUUCACAGACCAAUCUGUUCCCACUCUUUACCGCCUCAUACUGACCCAUCGCAAUCUGGACACGAUCGGGUUGAGAUGGAAUAUGUUCACUUCAGAUGGAGAGAAUCAACUCAUGUCGGUGCGGGAAUACAGACAUAGACUCAGUAUAACAAUAUGAACAUUGCAACAUGUAAACCACCGCCUUGGACCAAACAACCCGUCAGAUUUCAGAGUUGCAGCUGCAGACCCCGUGUCAAAUGUUUCCACUGCGCUGGCUCAGGAAAUAAACAAAUUCAAGCAGA